AGUUUCAAAACAGGCUGCGCGUUCGCAUCGCUCACGCGCACCGAUUUAUCGAUAUAAAGAUCGAUAGAUCGAAUAGAAAAUAAAAGUUCCGUGUCAUGUGUUUUUAAUUACUUAAUAACAAUGUCAAACGUACCGCUAGUUCGCCGCGCUAUUGUUGGCGCUGCCUUGGCCCAUACUCCGCCCCAGGAAACGAGUAUACAAGUAGUUAACCAAGCCCAGGAGGAUCAAUGGACCCCAGCUGCUUUAGAGAGAGCUGGGUCCACGUUAAAAGCCUUAAAUCGCAUGGCCAAAAGACCUCCCGUGCAUAUAUUGUUUGAAGAUGUUUGUUAUACUAUUGGAUCGAAUAAAGAUGAGCGGCGGAUUCUCCACAAUGUAUCGGGCGAAUUUCGGUCUGGCGAAUUGACUUGCAUUCUCGGACCGUCCGGGGCUGGCAAAUCCACUCUACUGAAUAUCCUGGCUGGAUACACAUCAAACGGUGUAAACGGAAGAAUCUCAGUGAACGGCCAAGCGCGUGACAUGAGGGUUUUCAAGAAGCUGAGCAGCUACAUCAUGCAAGAUGACUUACUGCAGCCGAGACUCACGGUGCAGGAAUCUAUGAAAAUAGCUGCUGAUCUCAAAUUGGGGCGAGAGCUUGGAGAUGCUGAGAAGGACUUGAUUGUAGAAGAAAUCCUGCAAACUAUCGGCCUUUGGCAACACCGCGACACAAUGUCACAAAAUCUCUCCGGGGGCCAGUCGAAGAGGCUCUCCGUAGCACUGGAACUUGUUAACAACCCGCCUAUCAUAUUCCUAGAUGAACCUACCACAGGCCUAGACAUCGUGUCGAUUCGUCAGCUAGUGGUACUUUUGCGACUUCUCUCCCGCCAAGGAAGAAGCAUCAUCUGCACCAUUCACCAGCCUUCUGCGUCAUUGUUCUCGCUCUUUGACCGCGUGUAUGUUUUAUCGAGGGGAUUAUGUUGCUAUCAGGGUGCCUCUUCGAUGCUAGUCCCGUAUCUAUCAGAGGUCGGCCACGUAUGUCCAACAACACACAAUCCUGCCGACUUUGUGCUCGAAACCCUUUGCAAUGACACCGAAGUGGCGGCCAAAAUGUCCGAGCUUUGCCACAAUGGAAAACUUUGUAGACGCCUGGACAGAAUUACUACUAGAGGUGGACGCAAACCGGUUUUACAUUCAGACGAGUCUGUUCAAAGGAUUUUCGUUGAACACGUCGCAAAAGAGCAGUUGCAGAGAAUGGAGUUCCCUACCACGUUUUUGACGCAAUUCUGGAUAUUAUUGAAGCGAAUGUCCUUGCAGAGUAGAAGAAAUUCUAUAAGUCUCUGGAUCCAAUUUAUCCACCACGUCACUGCAGCGGUUCUUCUCGGAGGCAUCUUCUUCGGCAUUGGCAAUAACGGAUCGGUACCCAUCGCUAAUUUCAAGUUUUGCCUCAGUUGUCUUGUAUUCUUCAUGUACACCUAUGUCAUGAUACCUAUACUUCUAUUUCCAAUGGAAAUGCGUAUGUUACGACGCGAAUAUUUCAACCGGUGGUACAGUCUGAAGGCGUAUUAUGCUGCGCUUACGAUGUCAUCUGUUCCAGUAAUGUUAAUCCUUGGAAUGCUCUUCAUUAUAAUAAGCUACCCGCUAUCGGGACAACUGCUCGAGUGGGACCGCUUCAUAUAUUUCUCCUUGAUCAGUCUUCUAACCGCCUUGUGUUCUGAAGGCUUGGGACUUCUGGUCGGAACCACGUUCAGUGUGACGAAUGGGUCAAUCAUGGGUCCAGCAACUGUAGCCCCACUGCUCGCCCUCUGCUGCUACGGAAUGGGAUUCGGACAAUUCAUCGAACCCAUUAUGAAACUUCUCAUGUCUAUGUCUUACUUACGAUAUGCGCUCUCCGGCUUAUGUCUGUCACUUUACACCAAACGUCCAUUAAUGGAAUGUAAAGAAGAAUUUUGCCUUUAUUCUGACCCAAAACUAUUAUUACGCGACAUCGGCAUGGCGAAUGACAAUUAUGUUAUACAAGUCGUCGCUUUGCUAGCGUUCACGACAUUACAUAGAUUAGUGGCGUAUUUCGCGUUGCGAUAUCGUCUCACGGCGGAAUUUACUAAUAAAUUCAUGACGUAUAUCAGCAAAUUUUUGAAGCAUAGAUAAUUGUUAUAUUAGUAUUAGUUCGGUGUGUAAUUUAUUAUAACGGGUUUGUGAGAUAUGAUAACGUUUUACGAUGAUGUUCGGUAAUUAUGAUAACGAAUCUAGCUAGCGUUGAAUGCAGAUUAAAGCAAUAAAGUAAGGUAUUAUAGGAACGCAGAGAAGGCGUUUUAUUAUCAUGAAAAAGCUUUAAUUUAACAAUAGUUUUCCGCUCAAUGACUAUACAGACACAAAAGUAUUGAAGAAUUCGUGCGUCGAAAAAACAAAACCUAUCUAGCACAAAUCUUAUUUAGGAAAAAAUAAUUGCCCCAAAGCACUGGUGCUAUAAGUAAAAAGUUACCAUUCUAUUAAGAAAUUGUUAUUAUCUUAUGGUGUAUAUGGACUGUUA